UUAAUAAAUAUAUCUGUUAACCCCUUCACUGCCGUUGCCUGCGCUUGGGUUCUUCUGCACCACAACCGUGACACUAUUUGCUAAAACAGGCCUAUGUGUUCCACUUUCCUUACGUUAUGAUCAGUAAUAUUUCUGCAUCUGCGCCAACCCUGACUGGAUCAUUUCAGCAACUGCAAGAAGUGACGUGAUGAGCAUUUGUUUGCUUUGGCUGGUCUCUACCUGGGCUUAAAAUAUGUUGCAUAUACGACCUUUUAAAAUCCAUUUUAUUUUCUCCUUACUCUGACUUGUUUUUCUUUAAUUCUAUUUUUAAGGACUCUAAUCAAAUUUAAUUAAAUUAAGUUUGAGGAAAAGUGCGUCUAUUACUGUCAUGAAUGGUGGGUGGUGAGAGACACGGAGACAGAGGACCCAGGUGCAGACAGCGGGUAUUCUGACUGUGAGGAUAAUGAAGAAAAGACGGAACUGGAAACAUGAUGGAUGAGUAAGAGUGUUUGAGGAGCACUGCAUCUGACUCAAUGGCAAAGAAAGGUCGAGUCAAGGGCGAGAAGCCUGAAGCCCUCAUCUCUGCCCUACAGGCGGCCAAUGAGGAGCUCAGGUCCAAACUCACAGAUAUUCAAAUUGAACUACAUCAAGAAAAAUGCAAGGUGACCAAGCUGGAGCGAGAGAAGGUGCAGGAGGGCAAGCGCAUCCGCGAGCAGGAGCAGCACCGCCACACGGUGGCUCUGACGGAGCAGCGUGCGCGCUGGCACGAAGAGAAGCUGAAGGAGCUCGCCGCGCUACGAGAGUCGCUAACACGACAACAUGAACUGGAGCUAGCGCGGACCUCUAAAAUCAAAGAGGGCGAGAUCCAGCGUCUUCGGACUGCUCUCAGCGCGCUGCGCGACGGCAGCGGAGAGAAAGUACGUACGGCUCUGACGCUGGAGGCCCGAGAGGAGGCCCGGCGCUUCUUCGACAUCGAGCGAGUAAAACUGCUGCAGGAAAUAGCAGAACUAAAGAGCACCAAACGACAGACCGAUGAGGCGCUUAACACCAUAAUCUUAGCUGACAAGAUGAAGGCCGGUGACUUGCGUUCCGAGCAUCAUGCGCACCAAGAGCAAAUCACCAAGAUUAAGUGGGACUGUGAACGAGACGUUCGGCGAUUGGUGGAUGAGAUCAAGGCGAAGGACCGAACGAUCUUCUCACUGGAGAAGGAGCUUGAAACAGCGACAGGCUACGUUCAGAGAUUACAGCUGCAGAAAGAUGCUUUGGAUGAGCAGCUGUUUCUGGUCAAAGAGGCAGAAUGCAGCCUGGGAAGCCCAAAAAGAGAAAUCCCCGGACGAGCUGGAGAUGGAGCCGAGCAAUGUGGGAGUCCGGACAUGAGGAGAAACCAGAGACGCAUGUCUGACCUGAAAUCCACCAUCCGCAAGCUGGAAGACCGCAAUUCAAUCUUAGUGGAUGAAAGAAAUGAGCUGCUGAAGCGUGUCCGAGAAACAGAGAAACAAUGCAAACCGCUGCUGGAAAAGAAUAAAAUAUUGAGCAGAAAAAAUGAUGACCUGAGCCAAUCUCUCCAGCGGCUGGAAGACAAAGUCAAGUCCUUAACCAAAGAGAACAAUGAAAUGAAAGACAAAAUCGGUUUUCAUCCUCCACUGAAGAAGCUGAAGUCUCUGAAUGAUCUGGAUCAGGCCACUGAUGACCAAGAGAUUGAGUUCCUGAAGCUCCAGGUCCUAGAGCAACAGAGCAUGAUCGAUGAGCUGACACGAGACAGAGAAAAGCUCUUGAGGAAGAAGAGGCAUAAACGCAGCAGACCUUUAAAGAGACACAUUGUUGUAGAUACUUUCUACGGGUACGAUGAAGAGUCGAUGGAUUCUGAGACCUCCUCCGUGGCCUCGCUGCGCAUGGAUCGAACUCCAGCAACACCAGAUGAAGAUUUAGAUGAGGGGCUGGCGGCUGAAGAGUCUGAGUUGCGCUUCAAGCAGUUGACUCGGGAGUAUCAGGCUCUUCAGAGAGCUUACGCCAUCCUGCAGGAGCAUAAUGGAGGCGUACUGGAUGCUGAAGCGGAGGCCAAGGCCCAUGAGCAGCUCCAAGCAGAUGUUCAGCGGUAUAAAGCUAAGAUUGAAGACUUGGAAAAAGAGCUUUCCUUAAAAGGACAGGACUCCAAAUGGGUGGAAGAGAAGCAGUUGUUCCUCAGACGUAACCAGGAGCUUCUGGACAAGGUUGAAAAGUUGCAGAACGAGAAUGGAAAAGUGCACCAGGAACUUCAGGACUCGAAAGAUCAAAAUGAACUGCUGGAGUUUCGCAUACUGGAGCUGGAGGAGCGAGAGAGGAGAUCUCCUCCGUUUACACUUCAGAUUCAUCCGUUCUCUGAGGGAGUGAGCGCUCUGCAGAUUUACUGUAUAAAGGAGGGAGUGAAGGACGUGUGUAUACCAGACCUCAUCAAACUGCUGGACAUUCUGGGUGACAACGGGAACUUAAGGAAUGAGGAGCAGGUGGCCAUUAUUCAAGCCAGUACUGUGCUGUCUCUCGCUGAGAAGUGGAUUCAGCAGAUUGAAGGCACUGAAGCAGCUCUACAUCAGAAGAUGAUGGAUCUGGAGCUGGAGAUGGAGAUGUUCCGUAAACAGAAGGGAUAUCUGGAGGAGGAGCUGGACUAUAGGAAACAGGCCCUGGAUCAGGCAUACAUGCAAAUCCAGGAGCUGGAGGCCACGCUGUACAACGCUCUUCAGCAGGAGAAGGUGAUCAAGUACGGAGAUCCUCUGGAUGAGCUGCAGAAGGACGAGUUACGCACGGCCGUGGAGAAACUGCGCAGACAGAUGCUGCGGAAGAGCAGAGAAUACGACUGUCAGAUUCUACAGGAGAGGAUGGAGCUUCUACAUCAGGCCCAUCAGAGGAUCAGAGACCUGGAGGACAAGACUGAUAUUCAGAGGAGACAGAUCAAAGACCUGGAGGAGAAGUUUUUAUUUCUGUUUUUAUUCUUCUCUCUUGCCUUUAUUCUUUGGCCUUGAUGUCUCUGACAUCUCUCGCUGCACAGGAUUGCUGUCGCAUGCACCUGCAGUUUUCCGGUUGUGGUGACUCAAGGCGGUUUUGUUUUACGUGUGUGUGGAAGUGGGACGUUCAGAGUUAUGGAUUCUACUGGAAACACUGCACUGGAUUGACUUCUGGAUUACAGAGACACACCGAUACAAGAGAGACCAAACAUCAAACUGGAGGAUUAUCUCUGCCAUGCAGGGAGCCGCUGCGUCUUCACUGCAUUUACCACCAACCGCAACCCAUCUCGCCCUGUCCGUCUGUCGGACCGUCUGCCUCUCACACACUUUGAGAAAUGAAAACAGACACUCAGGGUUUAUACGUGAGCGUGAACGCAGAAACAGACCAAACACUUACCAUCAGUAACACAGGCUUCAUUCUUUAACAACAGUUCAAUUUCACCCAAAAAUGAAACUUCUGUCAUCAUUUACUCAUGUCAAACCCGUAUGACUUUCUUUCUUCAGCAGAACACAAAAGAAGAUCUUUUAAAGGACGGCGGCACCCACAAAACCGAUGCAAGUCAAUGGGUUUCUUCAAAAUAUCUUCUUUUGUGUUCUGCAGAAGAAAGAAAGAAAGAAAGAAAGUCAUACAGGUUUGAAAUACAUUUUUGGAUGGUACCAUAAGACCCCCGUUCUCUAAAGCCACACCUCCUCCAAAACACAUGAAUACACUGAAGAUGAUGACAGAAGAUUGUGUGAGCGAGCAGAGCAAAUCCAGAGUUUGACAGACAAAUAUCAAAUCCUAUCAUUACAUUCACGCCAACACGUGAUGGUUUCACAGAAGAUAUUUAGACCACGUUACUCAAUGAUCGCUAUCAGGAUGUGAACUACCCUGCCUUUAACAACGUUCAUUAACAAACAACAGCAUUUAUUCCUCUUCGUUUAUGUUCAUUUCAAUUCACGUACUGAAACAUUUUUCUCAUCAAAAGUUAUAACUGUGAAUGCACAGCGAAUCAACAAUUAAAUUGACAAUAACAUUAACAAAGGUGAAUAAAUGCAAAUCUCACCCUUACUGUAAAGACUAACUACUGAAUGAUUGAACAACCUGUUUUUAAUGUUUUUAUUCUCAUCGGGCCUCAUUCUGAAAGUUUUUUGUGAAAAUUGUUCACAAAACCAUUCUGAUGAUGUAUGCCAUUUUCUGCGAGUAUUUAGCAGUUUACGCAAGUAAAACUCGUGUUAUCUUGUGUAAAUGACUGCAUCAUCAUGCGGGUAAAGCUCUUUAGCGCCACAUCCCAGUAAGAAUGACUUUAUGAAUGAUUGUGACAGAAGGUUUCAUGAAUCAGGCUGAAUGUGUCAUGAUGAUGUGUAGCUCUGUAGGAGUGAAGUGUGCUGUAUAUACGGUAUAUAUAUAUAUAUAUAUAUAUAUAAUGUUUGUUGAUAUGUACAUGUGUGUCUAUCUCCUGCAGUUUGAGCGAUGGAGUCACUGCUCUUCUGAAGGUUUAACAGCAUUGAGGUGUAUUGUGGUGACGGCUGCAGAUAUUUCACCCUCUCUGUAUUUAUUCACGUAUCUCUGCUGUGUGCGCUUCUUUUUUACUCUUUCACCUCUACGGCUGUAGAUAGCAGCAGGACUUUCACUCAUUGGUUUCUACCGAAUGAUCUUUCUAACUGUAACCGGCGGCUUCGUCUCGGGCUUGUAAAUAUGUUUUGGGGGCAUUCUGUAUACCGGGUUUGGAUUCAUUUCAUUAAAAUCUACACAUCUUCUCCUCGAGAACACAUUCUUCUCUUUCUUUAUAGCCUUGGACAUUCAGAUCUCAACGGAGUCACAGUGACCAUACGUUUAAAAUUCUUUCCAAGAUAAA